AUGAAUCACAACACCAACAUCCACUUUGGGAACCGGACACUGAUCCCACACGAUCUCCACGGCCGGAGUUACCAAGACCCAGCCGUAAGCAUCGUGCCACAUCCGUUCCCUCCCAACCGCGCUCAUCCGACGUUUGAAGGACCUAGCCGAGACGAGCAUCAUUACCAUCAUCAUCAAAACCGACCUCCGGUUUAUCAUCAACCACCUAGACCAGUGUUGCAUUCACACCACGACCAUGUUCUCAAUAGGCGGAGAGAUAGCCAUUUCGAUGCCGUGCUUGAGGGUUUCAUGGAGAGCCAAAGAAGAACUAGCCGCGACAUUGAGACAAAGCUAGAGUUCACGCGAUACGAACUAGAUGGAAGACUUGGAGAACUCUCUACCCAAAUAGAGAGAGUAGAGUCAAGAUGCUUGGACAUGGAGGAAGAUUUGAAGAAGCAAGGCGAGGCCAUUGAAGACAAUAGGAGAGCGAUACACUUUACCAAAGUUUCUACCAAGGAGAUGGAUAAUCACUUAGAUGAGAAGAUCUCAAGUCUUGAUAACAACCUCGAUGGCACCACCAAGAGUCUCAAUUCAAUAACAGCAGUAGCUCAUCAAGCUAAGAGGGAGGUAGCCGAAGUGACACUAAAGGAGAGGCAAUGUUACUCGACAAUGCUUACAUUGGUGGAAGGGCAAAAACAAGUGAAGGCACAAAUCCGAGAUUUACACAUCUCUCUAGACAAGAGGAGCCAAGAUAUUCAAAGAAGAGCUAGAGGGCUUGAAGACAAAGUAGAUGGAGUCUCCAAGGAAGUCAAGGAUUUAACCACUCGCUUAGCCAACUUGGAAGAGAAGGUCUUGACCGAGACAAAGACGACCGUUCCUAAGCAAAACUAUGCCGCGCCCGUCUUUACUAUAAGAGAGACCGACCCAAGAGUGAUUUGGGAUGAAGAAGAAAGUAGAGCUGAUCAAGAAAGAGCCACGAAGCUAACCACUGGAACAAGAGAGAAGAUAGCACCAAAAGGAAGAACCCUUACUCAAAGGUCUUCACAACCGCCUCCCACCAAGGAGAAGAGGAAGACAAGAUCAUCACUUGAAGAGAUCAUAGAUGAUUUCAACUUUAUGGCGAGGAGAUUCCCUUAUGGUGUGACGUUUGAUAAUGCUUGCAACAAGAGUCCAUUCAUGCAAGACCUAGCUUGGACACAAGAUUGGAGUCUAGCUGAAAUGGAAAAGAUGUACGAGGAAGCAAGAAAGGGGAUGCCUAAACCUAGGUUUCUACACAAGCUUCAUGACCCAGCUUCCUUAGCUAGCUGA